AUGGAUGAAACCGAGGAAAAUUGUGAAUUGGACAAUCCAUGUCCACAAGUGAAUAUUAGUUUACCAUGGCCGGUAUAUAAUUCACAUUUUAAAGUAAAAAAAAUACUUAUCGACUGUGAUUUAUACACAACUUUUGAAGUUUCUUGUAAUCAUUGUGUGACAAGUAAGACUCAAACUGCUGAUUCAAGAUCUAUGUCCAAUCUCCGUAAACAUUUAAAGCUUAAACAUAGUCAUGUAAAAACUGUAAAAGAAUUACUGAUGCCAAGUAUGAAUGUAUCUGUUGAUGUAAAUUGUACAAGAAAAGAAAUUGAUAGCACUGAUCAAUAUGACACCAGGAGCGGAUCAAACGUUAAAAAAAAAAAAUUUAAUACAACACAAUCAUCUAUGAAAAGCUUCAUACAUUCAAAAGAUAAUCGCAUAAAUAUAGUUUCUCAAGAUACACUUAAUCAAAUGAUUCAAGAUUUAAUAAUAAAUGCAUCUCUACCAUUUAAUAUAGUGUCACAUGUAAAUUUUAAGGAUAUUAUUUCUAAAGGAUUCCCAGGUAGAAAUCUUUUGUGUCGACAGACUCUUAUGAAAAAUAUUGACAAAAGUUUUAAUAUUGUCUUUGAAAAAUUGAAAUGUAAAUUAAACUCAGUUGAACAUUUAACAACUACUGCUGACGCAUGGUCGACAUUUAAAAGAUCUUAUUUGGGAAUAACUGUUCAUUGGAUUGAAGAUGGAAGUCUCGAACGCAAAUCUUACUUAUUAUCUAUUAAGCGAUUGACAGGAAGUCACACUUAUGAAAUAUUAGCCAGGUCUAUGGAAUCUGUCUAUACAUUAUUUAACAUAAAUAACAAAAUUUUAUAUACAACAACAGAUAAUGGCAGCAAUUUUGUUAAAAGCUUUAGGUAA